CACGCAGGAGACGAGGGAUUUCACAACCCAGCCCAGACAGGAUUAAAGAGAAAUACACAAGUAAACAAAAUAGCGGCCUCGUAAAACUGGACGGGCUGCGCGGGGAGCAGAGCCUCUCCUCCGCCGGGCCGCCCGGGGUGUCAAACUGCCCCUGUCAGAGGAAAGGAGUUGCUUCCUGUUAUUUCCAUUGAAAUACUUGUCCCGGUCGUUAGCCCGCAGGCUUUCGCGGGAUGGCACCGUGCGCGCCGACGGGCUCCGGCCGCCUCUCCCGAGGGCUCCUCCUGCUCUGGGCGCUGCUGGGGCACGGGCUGUGCCACACGGACAUCAGGGCGGACAGCUUCGGCCAGGAGGCGAGGACGAGCCCCCCCACGGCCAUGUACAACUCCACAGAGGAGAUGUACAGCACCAUGGCGGAGAGGUGCUGGGAGCUCUUCGUUGACCUGAUGAGGAACGUGACGGCGCCGCAGCUGUGCGAGUGGAAGGUCAUCAGCAGGCCUUACAGCUUGCUGCAGUCGUGCCUGGAGGGCUGGGCCGACCACCUCAAGUACGGCUACCCCAACGCGCUGGCCGAGCAGUUCAUCUUCCAGAGCCACUACCGCUACUUCCAGAAC